AUGGUCUUCAGCUGCUCUUUCAUCUCCGAGAUCUGUGUUCUCUCGACCUUUUUACAGAAUUCGGAAAAUACUGAUAUCCAGAAAUGGCUCCAAAAUCUAAAAGCAUAUUUUUUCUUUGUUUUUUUUUCCUUUUCCGGCAGACGUAUGUUCCCCGUCUUCAAGGUGUCCAUAACAGGAUUAGAUCCCAAUGCCAUGUACACUUUGCUGUUGGAUUUUGCCCAAGUGGAUAACCACAGAUGGAAGUAUGUCAAUGGUGAAUGGGUUGCCGGAGGAAAAGCAGAACCAGCCGCACCGAAUUCUGUCUACAUCCACCCAGAUUCGCCAAAUUUCGGUGCACAUUGGAUGCGGGAGCCAACAUCAUUCAGCAAGGUGAAACUUACCAAUAAACUCAACGGAGGCGGACAGAUCAUGUUAAAUUCCCUUCACAAGUACGAACCCAGAUUACACAUUGUCAAAGUCAGUUGUCGUUCGGAUCGAAAGAGCGUGAUGACUUACAGUUUCGUUGAGACCCAGUUUAUUGCUGUCACUGCUUACCAAAAUGAAGAAAUCACAUCACUGAAAAUUAAACACAAUCCCUUCGCCAAAGCCUUCUUAGAUGCAAAAGAAAGGUAA